AUGGAUAAACGACCUACAGGUCGACUAAUAUCCAAUUUGAUUCAUAUUCUUUCAAUAUCUUUAUCAUUUGCAGCUGGUGUUAUUGCUAUUAUUUUUUUUAAAAAUUCAAAUUAUCAGUUGAAUAAACCAAGUUUAAUAACUUUAAUAAUUGGUGAAUUCAUAUCAAUAUUAUCAUUACCUCUAUUGUUUUUCAAUUCAAGACUAUCAAUCAUUUGGUCAUUAUUAUCAAUCAAUUUAAUCUCAUCAUUUAUUUCAUUGGGAGCUAGACUUUCAUUAUUUAAUUUUUCCAUCAAAGCAAAUGUAUUUCAAAAUGAUUUAAAAUCACAAAAUUUAUUAAUUUCUUUAUUUACUUUAAUUAUUGCAUCACAAUUCUUCCAUGGUUUUACAUUAAGUUCAUAUUUUAAUUCUUUAUUUCAAUUUUAUCAACAAAAUAAUGAUCCAGAAUCACAAAGACAAUUUGACAUUGAAAAUUUAAAAGAAAAAGUUAUAUCUUUAAAAGCAUCAGCUGCAACUUUAGUUGAUAAUAGAAAAGUUUCUGGUAAUCAAGAAUCAACAACAUCAACAAAAGCAACAACAACAACAAAAGAUUCUCAACAAACCAACGGGAAUACUGAUCAACAAUCAUCAAUUUUCCAAUCAACAAAAUCAAGAUUUAGUUCUAAAAAAGAUUUCAAUUCUUUAACAAAUCAUGAAUUAAAGUCAAUAAUACCCAAAAAUUAUAAUAAUGUUCAAAAUAUUGCACAAUUAUAUUCUAUUAAAAAAUUAUCAAUUAUAAAUCAAUCAAGUUCUUCAGCUGAUAUAACAGCAACACCAGCAAAAAAUCAUCGUAAUUCAAAUAGAUUAUCAAGUACAACAACAACAUCAUCUUCACAAAAAAUUGAUGAUUCUAUUAAAAAUGCUCAAAAUGCAAAAAAUUUAAGUUUGGAAAGAGAUGCAUUGAAAAGGAUUCCAAGUGCUUUAUUACCACCACAUUUAAAACCUCAAACUUCAAAUUUAACUAAAAAUCAACAUAUUUUAUCAAAAUAUCAAAAUCGUUCAAUUUCACAACCUGGUAAUUUAAAUAAUUUAUGGGAAUUUCAAAGAAAAGACGAAUUUAAUUCAAAUAAUCAAGAUGAUGAUAAUUUACAGAAUUUAGAUCAAAAUGAAAAUGUUCCAGAGUUAAUACCCAGAGCUAUAACAAUUGAAAAUUUUUACCCAUUAAGAACUCAACAUAAUAUAUCAAUGGAAGAUGAUAAUGGUAUAAGGACAAUAGCACCAAUUGAUUAUGAUCAAGGGAAAUUUAAUAAUUUUAAUGUUAAUCAAUUAAAAAAUGGAUUUGAACCUGAACAUCUGUUGAAAUCUGGAAAUUUUGAUUCAUUAGAUCCACCAAUUAAUCAUGAUCAAUAUAAUGAUAGAUUUACUAUAAAUGAUGAUGAUAAUGACAAUUAUUCAAUUCCUGAUGAUGUUCAAUCGUCUCAUGUAUCAACAAGUUCCACUGAAGAAGCUUUAAAAAUUGUGGAAAAUGUUCAACAAGCAUCAUCAAAUGAAUUUGAUUUAAAUGAUGUUAUUGAUCAAUCAAGAUCUUCAUUAAAUUUAGAAAGAUUAAAUACACCAAAUAAUAAUAAUAAUCAUUUAACUAAAAGUAAAAGUUAUUCACCUCAUAAAUCAAUUUUUAGAGGUCAUGGACAUGGACAUGGACAUGGUAAUCAUGGUUAUCAACAAAUUGAAGGAAACAAUAUUGGUCAUUAUAGAAAAAAUUCAUCAGUUAGUUUUAAAAAUUUUAGUGUUUCAAUGCCAUCAUCACCUAAAAAAAAAUCAAUUAUGAAUAAUUCACCAAGUAAAAAAGCUAAAUUUAAGAAAAAUUUAUCAUUAUCAAAUAUUGUUUUUAAGAUUGAUUCAAGUUUAAACAAUAGUAAUGACUCAGAUUCAGAAAUUCCAAAUUUAUCUUAUGUUCAUGAUUUACAAAGUUCACCAAGUAAAAAACGUCGUUCUUCAAUAACACCAAGUUUUGCCACAACUAAUGAUAUAGAUACCCAUUCAAAGCAACAACAUCAACCACAUAAUUCAACAACAACACCAUCAAAACAUAAACACAAUAAUUCACAAUUAGCUGUUACAAGUUCAAAUAAUUCACCAAAUUCAAAUUGGUCAGAAAAUUCUCAUAUUUCAAUAUUUCCUGCGGAUGUAAUCGGUGAAUAUGAUAAAGAGAAAUGGAAAACCAUGCAACGAUUACAACUGGUGAAAGACCAGGAGACAAUUGCUCAAUGA